UCGGCCGGGCCGGGGGAGGUUCGCACUGGAGUUAGCGCCGGGCAGGGAGGAAGAGCGAGCGCUGCCGGAAGCGGCGGAGCGGCGGUGGCGCUGGGAGCCCGCGGUGUCCCGCGGACAGCGAUGUAGCUGGGUGACAGCGGCCGGAGCGCGCCGCCUCCGCUGCCAGCGGGCCGGUGCGGCGGGUCGGGAGCUUCUCCGGGGAGGCGGCAGCCGCGCCUCGUCUCGCCGCUCCCCCGCUUUUCCCUCUGCCCUCGGCGCCGUCUCUCGGCGCGGCCUUCCCUCCCUUCCUCCCUCCCUCCGCCGCCGGCCGGGGGGCUGCGGCCGCCACCGCUGCCAUGGGGCUGCCCACGCUGGAGUUCAGCGACUCCUACUUGGACAGCCCGGAUUUCAGGGAGCGCCUCAAGUGUCACGAGAUCGAGCUUGAGAGGACGAACAAGUUCAUUAAGGAGCUGAUUAAGGACGGAAGCCUCCUCAUCGGGGCCCUGCGAAAUUUAUCCAUGGCAGUACAAAAAUUUUCACAAUCUUUACAAGAUUUUCAGUUUGAGUGUAUUGGAGAUGCUGAAACUGAUGAUGAAAUUAAUAUUGCCCAGUCAUUGAAGGAGUUUGCUCGGCUCCUGAUUGCUGUUGAAGAGGAGAGAAGACGACUGAUCCAGAAUGCUAAUGAUGUGCUAAUAGCACCGCUGGAGAAGUUUCGAAAAGAGCAAAUAGGAGCAGCAAAAGAUGGGAAGAAGAAGUUUGACAAGGAAAGUGAGAAAUAUUAUUCCAUCUUAGAGAAGCACCUAAAUUUGUCAGCCAAGAAGAAAGAAUCUCAUUUACAAGAUGCAGAUACACAGAUUGACAGAGAACAUCAGAACUUUUAUGAAGCAUCAUUAGAAUAUGUUUUUAAAAUCCAAGAAGUACAAGAGAAAAAGAAAUUUGAAUUUGUAGAACCUCUCUUGGCCUUUCUUCAAGGAUUAUUUACAUUUUACCAUGAAGGAUAUGAACUGGCUCAGGAGUUUGCACCAUACAAGCAGCAACUGCAGUUCAAUUUGCAGAAUACUCGCAAUAACUUCGAAAGCACUAGGCAGGAAGUGGAGAGACUCAUGCAGAGAAUGAAAUCAGCCAACCAAGAUUACAGACCACCAAGUCAGUGGACAAUGGAAGGCUAUCUCUACGUGCAGGAGAAACGUCCCCUUGGAUUUACAUGGGUUAAACAUUAUUGCACUUACGACAAAGGAACAAAAACUUUUACAAUGAGUAUAGCUGAAACAAAAUCUGGUGGAAAAGUGAAUGGCCUUGUCACAAGCUCACCAGAAAUGUUCAAGCUAAAAUCUUGCAUCAGGAGAAAGACAGAUUCAAUUGACAAACGUUUCUGUUUUGAUAUUGAAGUAUUUGAGAGACCUGGAAUCAUCACACUACAAGCUUUUUCAGAAUCCAACCGAAAACUUUGGCUUGAAGCUAUGGAUGGAAAGGAACCAAUCUACACACUGCCAGCCAUUAUUAGCAAAAAGGAAGAAAUGUUCUUAAAUGAAGCGGGUUUCAACUUCGUGAGGAAAUGUAUUCAUGCUGUAGAAACAAGAGGUAUUACAAUCCUUGGGCUGUACAGAAUAGGUGGUGUAAAUUCCAAGGUGCAAAAGCUGAUGAAUACCGUAUUUUCCCCUAAAUCACCUCCUGAUAUGGAUAUUGAUAUGGAAAUUUGGGACAAUAAAACAAUAACAAGUGGACUAAAAAACUACCUCAGGUGUCUUUCAGAACCACUGAUGACUUUCAAGCUGCACAAGGAUUUUAUUGUUGCUGUUAAGUCAGAUGAUCAGAACUACAGAGUUGAGGCAGUGCAUGCACUUGUACAUAAAUUACCAGAGAAGAACAGAGAGAUGCUGGACAUCCUUAUUAAGCACUUGGUCAAGGUAUCAUUGCACAGUCAACAAAAUCUAAUGACUGUAUCCAACCUUGGUGUCAUCUUUGGACCAACUCUGAUGAGAGCACAAGAAGAAACCGUGGCUGCUAUGAUGAACAUUAAGUUUCAGAAUAUCGUCGUUGAAAUUCUGAUAGAACAUUAUGAAAAGAUAUUUCACACUGCACCAGACCCCAAUAUUCCUCUUCCCCAGCCUCAGUCCCGAUCAAGUUCAAGAAGGACAAGAGCAAUUUGUCUCUCCACAGGCUCACGUAAACCCAAAGGAAGGUACACACCAUGUCUAGCAGAUCCUGACAGUGACUCGUACAGCAGUAGCCCCGACAGCACUCCCAUGGGCAGCAUCGAAUCUCUGUCUUCUCACUCCUCCGAGCAGAACAGCACCACCAAGUGCACACCCUCACAGCCAAGGGAGAAAUCAGGAGGGAUUCCAUGGAUUGCCUCUCCCUCUUCUUCUAAUGGCCAGAAAAGUUCAGGCCUGUGGACUACAAGUCCAGAGUCCUCAUCGAAGGAGGAUGCAACCAAAACAGAUGUGGAAUCAGACUGCCAAAGUGUAGCUUCCGUCACUGGACCAGAAAAUGCCUCCCCACCAACAGACCUGACCAAAAAGAGUUCCUACAGUCUGUCUGGGCUGAAAAGGUCUUCAGCAUCUUCCCUUAGAUCAAUUCCAUCAGCUGAAGGUAACAAAAGCUGCAGUGGAUCUAUACAGAGCUUAUCUUCAACAGAUACCAAAGAUACACUAAAGGCUCCACCAAACCCUGACUUGCCUCCCAAAAUGUGCAGGAGAUUAAGAUUAGAUACUGCAUCCAGUAACGGCUAUCAAAGACCAGGAUCUGUAGUGGCUGCAAGAGCACAGUUGUUCGAAAGUGCUGGUUCACUUAAACAAGUCUCUUCAGGACGACAAGCAAAAGCCAUGUAUUCCUGUAAGGCUGAGCAUAGUCAUGAGCUGUCUUUCCCACAGGGGGCAAUAUUUUCCAACGUGUAUCCAUCAGUGGAACCAGGCUGGUUAAAGGCAACUUAUGAAGGCAAAACAGGACUAGUUCCUGAGAAUUAUGUUGUCUUCCUCUAGUAAUCUUUAGUGGACAGCAAUAUCUUCAUGGUAUCCAUGGUAACAAAUAAUAAGCACUAUGAUUUUUAUCUGACACAGAUAUGGGAUCAGCCCCUUAGCUGAGUGGUAGAUUUCCUUCAGAUGCUGCAGCUGCAGGUUACAGAGCUCCCUGCCAACGGAACAGAAUGUGAUGAAACAGUUAACAGUCUCUGUGCUGAGGACGGUACUCUGUUUAAAUAACUUCCAUUGUUUGAAAAGGGUUGUUCUGUUCUUCCUUUAUGGGUAAGGAACUCUAGAGCAAUAAAAUAAAAAAAAAUUUGCUAUUUAGCUGCAGACUUUCAGGUCCGAGGAUGUUGCUCACAGAAAUGUGAAAUUUAGAGGCAGUGCACUCUAUGACAUUUCUUGUAAUCUAUGGUUUUUAAUAUGGAAAAUCGUGGACUUUUUCAUAAUGUAAGUACUACUUCUAUUGUGAUCUGAAUUCUCCCUUAGAAAACUUGAUUCUAAAAUUGAUCCUAAUCAUUUCACAUAAAAAAUUGCUUUACUGUAAAUCAGAAGUUGGGACUUCUGUUAGUCAUUGAGUUACAAUAUGGUAUAGAAUUUAUACAGCUGAUAAUAUCAGUUUAUACACUGCCUGCACAGUGAAUGCUCAUUCAAAAUGUGAUAUGUUUUAUGAAUGUUUCAUUCAAAUACUUAGUAGAUUUCUUUCCUGCUUUCUGUAUCAGCAUAGAUAAUAUUAACAACUUUUAUUUCAAUGAUAACCAUCAUCUGGAAGACAUUCCCUCUGUGUCCCAGAACAUCUGUAGAAAACAAGGAGAUGCUGAAUCUGCACUGAUUGGGAGUCAUGUGAAGUGAGCAGUGAAAAACAGCAGUAUGUUUUGAAACCUGAGAUAAAUUGUAACUCAUUCUUUUUUCAUUGCAAAUAAGACAAAUGACCUGUGAACUAGCCAAUUUUAUAAGCUAUGAAUGCUAAAAGCUCCAUGUAGCAAUAAAACUACUUAGUGUUAUUUCUCCUGACUUCUGCUAAAAUAUCUGACAAAGAUUCUCUCCACAGAAAAAAAAAUCCUUACUUUUCAAAGAUGUUGAAAAGACCUAUUGAUUACUCCUGGUAGGACUGAAAACCAAAAAAAAAGCAAAUAAAACCAAGUCAAAGAAACCCCCAGAAACACUAAGUAGCUUUCUCAGUCUGAGCAGUUUUCUUGUACACCUUGAGGGAAAACAUGCACUGCUUGCUUGGCUACUUACCAUUCCUGAUUGAAAACCAUGACAUUUAACCUCCAUCUUAGUAUUACUUCAACACCAGUGCUUCCAAAAGUAUUCAUUGGUUCAUAGAACUAUCUAGGCUUGGUUUCAUACAUAUGUCAAAGUUCAGUUCUUUCUUCAGUAGCAGAAAUCAACAUACAAAUCAUCUGUUGAUUUCUAAGUUGUACACUGCUUGAAGAAAGUUUAAAGAACUGCUCUUAGGGCUAAAAACAUCAGUAAUUUUUGACCUGCUGUUUUUUUCUUUCCAUAGCCUUUUUCUUAUUUAAAUUGAAAAGUAAGAUUCAUUGCCAACACAAAGUAGCACAUCAGAACUUUCUUUACUUACAUGUAGUGCAUGAAUUCUUCAGAGCAGUUGCUGGAUUUCAGGCUGGUGGCAGAACCCUGCAGGAUCUUUCUCCUCUCUGAUUCAAUUAUUGAGUGAUGAUCAGAGAAAGAGAGAGGCUCAAAGAACAUCUUUCCAAAAAUUGUUUUUUCAUAUGGGGAGUCUGAGCAAGGCUGGCUGCAGGCAGUUGAGGACAGACCCCAGGCAUUAGUGACUGAGUGACCUGGGUUCGUUCUUCACCCUAAACAGUUUUAUUAAUCCCAAAACACAUUUCACUUCAUCUUAAAUCCAGACUGUGCCCAGUGCAUUGUGAUGAGGGGUUGUUCCAGAUGGCACUGGCAGUGAAGGCAGACUUGUGUGUGCUCACCUAAUUUGCCCAGAGCAGAUGUGAAAGGAAGGGAAGGUCUUUCCUCAGCCAGUUGAAUCUUUCUUCAUUUUAAGGCAAGCCAAGUUUUCUUAGUCUAAGCUAUGCCUGAGACUGCCAUUGCCCUGAGAAGACCAACAUGGUUUUUGUUGUGUUUCUGCUGUAUUUCACAAUCCAAAAGCUGUAGGAUACCAAAAGGUUUGCCUCUGGUGACUUUCCCAGGAAAAGUGCUGCUGCAGGCCAAAAGGAGCAGAAAGGGAAGCAGAACUUGGAACAGAGGCUGGGAGCCCAGCACAUCUCACACAGGCAGAAAAAUGCAGUGAUCAGGGGGAAAGAUCCCAGCUUCUGUCUCUUGCAUGGAGUCAGUAAAAAACCUGUAUUGAACAUACUUGGAUGACUCCUCAUACUUCUUAAGGGCAAUUUAAUUGUUGUGAAGUUCUGGAGGAGUUGUGAAAUAGAAAAUGUAAAAAAUGUUUGCUCUUAUUUGCUUUAUUCUAGCCUGAUUUAAAAAUAAGUGGGGAAAACCCCCUAAGCUUAGGUAAUUUCACAUUCCCUGCAUGUGUCUCACAAUUCUCCAGUACUGUGUUUUCAAAGCAGCUGAUCUGAGUGCAAGCUAGAGAAGUCAAAGAUGCCAAGUUCAUUAAAAAUUUUGUAAAACUUCCAAGUUCAGUUACAGAUUAAGCAAGUAGAGCCUGUGAGGGCUGAGGGGAAGGUUGUAGAAAGACCUGGAAGAAUCCCUGUGGAGGAGAGGUGUUCAUGUGUUCCCACACAUUCAUCUCACAUUAGACCAAAAUUAGGAUUGGAGAACACAACUUCAUAAGAAACUGGAUUCCAUUAAUGUGCUGCUCACAGAACAAAUCUGUGUUUUCCUCUGCAGUGCUCUGUAGCUUUGUCAGGCCCUUGUCCUGAACUAGCCAUAAAUGACUUUUAAGUCAUUUAGCUUUAAAAUGGCAUUUCAAUCUGAAAAAUGUUAUCGCCAUUCUUACUUACAGUUAGCCACUCACUCUCCAGGAGCAGGGGUUUUCAUUUUUGGAACUCUAUGGUUUUGCUUGUACUCUCCUGUGCAGCAGGUAGUGGCACUUUCUGUAGGGUCUCAGUGCUGGGUUGUGGGUGCCCCAGCCCUUCCCUGCCUUUGCAGAGGGAGUUUGUCUCUACAAGAAGCUGAGCAGGGAACCAGAAAGCUGAGUAAGGAGGGCUGCAAAGACUGAAUGGGGUAGGGGGCAGCACCAAAGCUUCUCUAAUGAUGAUACUCUCAGGCCUGACCAGAAAUCUUUUAUGACAAUAGCAAAGAAUCAGAAAUCCAUAUAACAUUGAAAUGGAGAUAAAGUAUUUUGAUAAUGCCUUACCAGAAAAUUAGGCAAUUGGAAUUAAAUUAGCUCAUAGUAGUGAUUUACAAUUCUUCAUGGAAAUCAGACUCACUCUACAAGCAAAGGUUAAACACUUUUUAAAAUUAUUAUUAUUGUUGUUGUUGUUAUUAUUACUAUCCUUCCUAAAAGGAUGCAGCAGGUUUGUUCCAAAUAUCACUGUAGAACUCAAGGUAGAUGAUACAUUGUUGUUGUUGUUUGUCUUGUAGAAAUAAUGUCAGUACCCACAACAUAUAAUUAGCCAUGUUUUUUCUUUGCUGAACUUUUUGAUGCAUGUUGCAGCACAACAUGAAUCACAUUAAUAGUGUGAAGGAUAUAUUGUAUGAUAGAUAUGUAAAGUUUAUUAAUAGUCUAUAUUCACACUUUUUCUUAAUGAUGAUAAAGAUUACAGUUUUAGUGUGUAAUUCCUUUGAGUUCAGUAUUAAAAUGUCCUUGCCAUAUUUUGGCAUUUAGAGUUAUAUGUAACAAAACUGUUAAAUUAAACCAUCAUUAUUACUUAUGUCCCUAACUAAUCUAUAAUAUUCAUUGUACAAUUAUUUCUGGAAAAAAAAAAGAUGCACAGAUUUGCUGACCAGCACUAUUCUAUGAUAGUAAUAGUAACUUAUUUUCCUUUUAUAUAUUUUCUGGUGCUAAUCUCUAUUCUUUGCCUGUAAUUGGAUUGAAUUGUAAUGUGCCUUUAGGAAAGACAUGUUAGGAGAGGCAAAGCUGUAAAAUUCUGCAGUUCAAAACAGUAAUUACAACAACAAAAAAAAGCACUGUAUGGUAGAAAUUGGAUUUUGUUGUUAACUUUUCUCCCCUGGCCUAUUUUCUACUUAAUAAGAUUGCAUCAGAAUAAAUAAUGAAACUAAAAAGCACACUGUUCUUGAUAUUUCUUUUCCUAAGGCAGAAGAUUGUGCAAUUUUGGCUUGAGCAGCAAGAGGAGAAAUCCCAGUUGGGGAGCACAUCCUCCAGACUGGGAUGGAUCUUCUCCACUGCUGGAAACUCUCAAAGUUCUAGUGAAGUCAAAGACAGACCUUUGGCAAUUGAUAGUGAAGGUUUGCUGGUCAGAAGCCCCUAAAAAGGAGGUGGAAUAUUCUGCUAAUGUGAUAAUCUAUGAUCCAGCUUGGUGUUGUCCUUUCCUUCAGCAGAGGGGCCUGGAUGAAUUGUUCCGUGGCCAGAGAUGAAAGCCAUGGGCAGCCUUGGUCUCUCUGGCUGGUCACAGAGCCCUGAAGAUGCUGCUGCAGCAUCCAGCCCAUCCAGCUCCUGCUCCUGAUUAAGUCCACUGUCAGUCAGGCUUUGUCUGUACCCAUUGGGAGGUCUCUUCUUUUUUUGCUUAAGAUUUUGCAUGGGCUUUGGGAGUUUGCUUUGUCUUGUUUUAGUAACAUGCUUGGCAUCCGAAUUCAGUCACUGAGGAUCAUAUCUGUUCUUUAAUUGUCCUGUGUGUGGCAGUGUUUAAUAAGCCAUCACAUUAUUCUUGUUGUUUUAAGUGUAGAGCACAGUGCUCCAACCCUUGGACGCCUCAGCUGAAAGCUGUUUUGCCUCUGCAAGUGUUUUAUUGGGAAUUGUCAUCAAAGCUCUGGCACUAAAGAUAGCACCAUUAUCUCUGCAAGAGUUUCUGUUGGAGCAAAGGGCAGAACAGCUGAACAGGGCACAUGGAUAGUUUCAAUUUUCAAUCAUAUUUAUGGCAAUUUUGGAGGUAUUAGAGUUUAUAAGAGUUACUUUAGAUACUAUAUGGUAUUUUAAUAGGAAAAUAUAUACAAUCAAUAACUAUAUCUAUUUAAUAAAGUCCUACUAAAUUAUGUUAUUGAACUCUCUGUUUAUUUUGUAGUGUGGUUUCAAUAAUUAUCUGCACUCUGUAUAUAUCUACAUGUAAAUAACCAGCAUGACAUGCAUAAGCUGACUUCGCAGACAUAAUUCUAUGUUGUA